AUCCUACCUUUGGUUGGUAGUUAAAAAGGAGCACACACACAACUCUUGCAAAUGUCAGGGGGAGGAGGAGCUUUUCCUCUCCUCCAUACUAUCUUCUGUUGGAGAACAGCAGCAAGCAGAAAAGGGACCAGGGAAUCAAAGGCUUCCUGUAUAGAUCUUUGGAGGAAAGAUCCUUUCUUUCUGCAGGAAUUCAGGGCAUUGCUGGUGUCCUCUUCAGUUGUGCUAAAUCUGUGACGAGUAUGCGCCGCGUCCGGGUCUCAUCCCACCAAUCUCCAGUCCACAAGCUUGGUGAUUCACAGAUGAAAUUGACACCCAAAUUCCGGCUUGCCACAACCUCCGCAUUGCCGUCGUCGAUGCCGGCCUCUGAUUUGGAGCAAGCCUCAUGGGAGACACCCCUCAUACCUGGCCUUCCUGAUGAUGCUGCUCUCAACUGUCUCCUCCGGCUACCUGUUGAGACCCAUGAGGCAUGCAGGCUUGUGUGUCGCCGGUGGCAUCACCUCCUAGCUGACAAGGCGCGGUUCUUCAUGCAGAGGAAGGUGAUGGGUUUUCGGUCACCGUUGUUGUUCACCCUGGCUUUCCACCGUUGCACUGGUAAGAUACAGUGGAAGGUGCUGGACCUGAACUACUUGACCUGGCAUACAAUUCCUGCCAUGCCGUGUCGGGAUCGGGCUUGCCCCCGAGGUUUCGGUUGCGUUGCUAUCCCCAGUGACGGCACCCUCCUUGUUUGCGGCGGGUUGGUCUCGGACAUGGAUUGCCCAUUGCACUUGGUCCUUAAGUAUGAUGUUUAUAAGAACCGAUGGACCGUGAUGACUCGAAUGCUUGCUGCACGGUCUUUCUUUGCGGGUGGCGUCAUUGAUGGACGGGUUUAUGUAGCUGGAGGUUAUAGUACUGACCAGUUUGAGCUCAAUUCAGCAGAGGUUCUUGAUCCGGUUAAGGGUGUGUGGCAACCAGUUGCUAGUAUGGGCAUGAACAUGGCAUCCUCGGAUUCUGCUGUCAUCAGUGGUAGGCUUUAUGUCACUGAAGGCUGUGCAUGGCCUUUCUUCUCCUCGCCGAGAGGUCAGGUUUAUGAUCCAAAGAUUGACCGCUGGGAGGUUAUGCCAGUUGGAAUGCGUGAAGGGUGGACCGGUUUAAGUGUUGUCAUCGACAAACAUUUGUUCGUCAUUUCAGAAUAUGAGAGGAUGAAGGUUAAAGUCUACGAUCCAGAAACGGACUCAUGGGACUCUGUAAAAGGCCCUCCUAUGCCUGAACGAAUUAUGAAGCCAUUUUCGGUGAGUUGUUUGGAGAAUAAGAUUGUUGUUGUUGGCCGAGGCCUCCAUGUAGCUAUUGGCCAUGUCAAGAAGCAACCUGGCAGCCAUCCUGAUAGUAGGAGCUCAAGCUACUUAAUUCAGUGGCAAGAUGUGGAUGUUCCUAGGGAAUUUGGUGAUCUGACACCUUCAAACAGUCAGAUUUUGUAUGCUUAACUGCUGAAAAUGCCGGAUCUGCAGAGAGGCCAUUGUUGUUCUUUCAUUUUAUUUGGCCAACUGGGUAAAGCCCUAUUCUGAGCUGUAAAAUUGUUCUCCUCUGUAUGUUAGUCUCUUUCCCAGUUAAUUUUACAGCCUGUAAGUGUUAUGUCAGUAAAUAAAUAAAAAAAUUCAAGAGAUUGUUGUAAGUAGAAGUUUGCCGGUACUUGAGACAAUUUGUUGUAUUUGCUCUUUAAACUGAUUUUGACUUCUUGUUCAGUGCACUGCCAGACUCUGAAUAUUCAGAUGAACCUGU